AUGGAAUCUGCGCUUGGUCCAGGCCAGCGACGGCUGCUGGGAGAGUUGGGCCAGUUAACGAGACUCUUCGCAUUUCCGCUUGUCCGCUAUAUCCCAGCAGAGGCAUCUGGCGAUAAAUUUCAGUCUGUAAUAUGGGAAAGUUCAGAUCUCCCGGAUGUGCCUCUGGAGGAUCAUAAUUCAAGAUGCUACUACUGCUUGGACGAUUACGAACCACCCCGCAAGAAUUCCGUCCAAAUCGCACAAGUGCCAGAGACAGCAGCGCCAGAACCACUCACGCAGUUUCCAUGCGGUCACGUUCUACAUCAAGACUGUGCUGCAGCUUGGAUGCGAGAGCACUCCGAAUGUUUCUUGUGCAAAGCCGACAUACUCGGUCCAACUGAUCUGCCAUAUCCAACUGAUUGUUUGAAAGAGAAUAGUGACUGGUCUGCGGUGUCCAACCUUAUUCGCAGUCAGCAUGGGAUCGCCAGAAGGGUAGUUGAGGUUGAUCUUCUCUAUACAAUGCCUGCCGAACCUUGCGAUUUUGCAUAUUUCUCGGCGGACGGUCAAUAUCUGGCAGUGGGAGGGCGGUAUGCUGGUGGACACGGACGUGUCAUCCGAACAAUGACAGCAUCUAAAAUCUGCACCUUCACCGACGAUUACCUCUCAGCCUGCUGCUUCAGUCCCGAUGAGACAACCCUCGUGACAGGAAAUAGCCGUGGAGGUAUCAAGAUCUGGAACAUCCAAGUUGCAGACGGGCAUGCGGAGAAGACAACUACGCUCGUUGGGCACAGCGCCACUGUAAGAUCGAUGCAGUUCUUGGAUGGCAGUAGUUCGCUCGCGUCCCUCGCAGCUGACGAGACUCUACACAUUUGGGACGUCAGAAGCGGUCACAUGAUUCAGACAAUACAACUACAAGGCAUGAGGAGCCUCCGUCUUGCAUGUCACAGCGGCCGUAUCGUAGUUGGCUCAUCUGACGGGAUGAUAGACUUGUGGGAUGUUGACACAGGCUCACUUUUAAAUCGCUGGAGAGGCCACAAUGAUCCAAUUACGAACCUGGUCUUCACACCCGAUGGUACUGGACUUGUGUCAUCAGCAUGGUCUACGGACCCACUUAAAUGUUGGGACAUGACGGCAAUACUAGAGAGGUACAUGGCCUCACCCGCGAUUUUCGACAAUCAUCGAGGAACCGAAGAAGAUAUAUCGAGUGUGUUUACCACAAGAACAUUUACCGGAACCGAGUAUCCUCGCUCGGUCACUAUCUCGCGCGAAGGACACUGGUUAGCAUCCUGUGACUGGGAAGAAGUAUUUUUGUGGGAUGCCCAGACGGGAGAAAUGCAAUUCGUCCUGCGGGUUGGGUCAGAUUGA